AUGGACGGCGACACGACGUUCACGAAGCUGUUCGUGGGCGGCCUGGCGUGGCAGACGCAGCGCGACGCCAUGCGGCGCUACUUCGAGCAGUUCGGCGACAUCGCGGAGGCCGUCGUCAUCGCCGACAAGCACACCGGCCGCUCCAGGGGCUACGGAUUCGUGACGUUCAGGGACCCCGAGGCCGCGGCGCGGGCGCUGCAGGACCCGACGCCGGUGAUCGACGGGAGAAGGGCCAACUGCAACCUGGCGGCGCUCGGCGCUUCGCAGCGCGCGCAUCCGGCCGCCGCGGCGCCGUUUGGGAUGGUCAGGUCGACGCCGCCGGCGACAUCGUCUUCGUCGUACCAGAGCUCUGCCGCUGCCGCGAUUGCAGCCUCCUACUUCCCCCAGCAGGCUCACUACGCCUAUCCUUACUACUACGGGUAUACGGGAGGGUAUUCUCACGAAAACAUGUAUCAAAUGCAAAUGAGCUACUAUGGCGCGCAAGGUGGAACGAGCGUGCAGCAGCAACAGCAGCAGCAGUCACAAGUGCAAACAUACUACACAGCAGCUGGGCCGGAAGGAGCUCAGCAAGGGUUCUCACCGUACUAUCUCCAGCAGAUGCAAGCAGGCAGCAACCAAGGUCAGAGUUCUUCCGCGGCAGUCAUGCAGUACUCACAGAUGAUGCAGUACGCGGCACACAUGCAGCAAGCGGCGCACGCCGCCGGGCUCCACAGCGCCGACGCUCCAGAGAGCGCCAGCGACUCAGCUACGGGGACGGGUGGAGCUGCAGCGGCCGUCGGAUCCGACACGUCGUCUGACACUGAUAGGAGAGCUGCGGCUUGA